AUGAAGGAGCAUUACAAGCAAGAUGAAGAGAUGGCCACAAUCAUGGCUAAGUUUACUAAGGGCAGUUUUAAAGAUUAUGUAGUCCAAGAUGGGUUUUUGUUCAAGGGCAACAAGCUAUGUAUGCCUCAUGGGAGUUUUAGAGAGUUGCUUAUGAGAGAAGUGCAUGGAGGAGGGCUUGCCGGUCAAUUUGGAGUUACCAAAAUAGUGGAAGUUCUUAGGGAGCAUUUCUAUUGGCCAAAGAUGCUUGGGGAUGUGCAAACCAUAGUGGCUAGAUGUGGAGUUCGUCAUAGAGCCAACAGUCAUUUCAAACCAGGGAUGUACACUCCAUUUCUAAUUCCUAAUCAACCUGGGAAGAUCUUUGCAUGGACUUCAUUGUAG